ACAAUACUUUGGGUGGGUUCCUCCAACCUGCAAACUGAUAAAACUUUGGCUUUUUUCGGCUCUAUCGACCUCUGCGGAAUGGAGCAUUCGUUCGUUCACUCAGAUAAGAUUAGAUAUUAUCACCCUUAUCUGUGUUAUGGGAGUCUUGCGAACGAAGAACAGGUUUCAGUUCCCGGUGAAUUCGCGCAGUGAAAGUAUCCGUCUUCCGACGAUCCGAUCAUUUAAUAUGUGUAACUGUUAGUAAAAGUGUAUCAUAAUUUGCAUAUUUCUUUAUACUGCUUUUGUGAGGUUAAUAACUGCUGCGAGAUGAUAAGACCAGCAUCUCUAAUACGUGACGACGAGGACCGGUUACCUCAGUUCCAGGCCAAUGCUAACCACAUUAGGAAGGAUUCUAUCGACUGCGGAAUCAGGGCAUGCAACUACUGCAACGGAGCGGGCUGUCAAAAAUUGGGUACAUCGACGGCCUUUCUGAUUAUCCUAUCCCUGGGUGGCUUCGUACAGGGCGGGGUUGAAUCAUACUUCAGGGUGGCCGCCCACCAAGCUGCAAAUGAACACGAGUUCGACCCACUGAUCGUGGAUUGGCUGUUGGUGUCCAGCGGAAUCUCGCAAGGUCUCUUCGCCUUAUUGGUGACAUACUGGGGGAAUCGGUUACAUCGUGUCUCGUGGUUGGGCGGAACUUUUAUGCUGCAAGCCGCUGGGCUGCUGCUGCUUAUCAUUCCGACGUUGACUCACAGUUCUAAUGAAACAUCAACGAUAGCCGCAAUACAGGUGAAAAAUAUUUGUAUAUUAGAGCAAUCAGCCGCCAUCCAGCUCGAAAAACCAUGGGCCAUCACUACCUUGGUUUUGAUGUUCAUUGCCCAGGCAUUGAUCGGAAUCGCCAAUGUUGCAUUCUACUGCUUAGGAAUGAGUUAUAUAGACGAUAAUAUAAGAGAGCAUCAAAGCCCAAGUCAUAUAGCAUGUGCGCUGGCGGCUCGUAUUUGGGGUCAUCAGUUCGGAUUAGCGGUAGCGUUAGCCGUGGGAGCAACGACGUUGGGCUGGUGGCUUGGUUGGGUGAUAAUUGCUCCCAUCAUUUUCAUUCUCGGCUUCCUAAUAGCUCUUUUUCCCAAACGGCUUUUGUCCACGCUGGUUAGACAGGCGGCUGAUGAUAUUAUCGAGACGGCUACUAACAAUAGCCAACAGUCACUAGCCGGCACCAAAUGGCUAGCGGAUAUUGGAUUAGCAGCCUCACUGCGACGCGUCUUCACCAACAGCAUACUGAUCUUCAACGUUUUGUCGCUGGUGUUUAUUCAAACCGGAAUUAUCAAUUUCAAUGCACACGAGCAGAACUACCUGCAGUCCAGAUUUUUCCUACCCACUUCACACGUCAAUGGGUUAAAUGACGAAUGGACUUCGCGUUUGAUUACCAAUCUGCUGCGAACGCCGGUUGUUGCGCUUGCGAUGGUGGUUGCCGGAUUGAUCAUUGCCAAGGUGAAUCCCAGUCCGAGGAAGAUUGCCAGCUGGAAUAUCUUUGCGGGAUUAGUAGCUGUAGGCCUCUUUGUCGCAUUCAUAUUUCUGUCGUGCGAGAACGAACGAAUUGCGGGCGCCUAUCGUGGAAGGCUGACCAAGCCGUUUUGUGCAUCCAACUGCGUUUGCGGGGAAAAUGUUCCCUUUUCACCCGUCUGCCCACAGGAGAGUGUGUUCACCUACUUUUCUCCGUGCCACGCCGGGUGUCAGAAUAGGACCGAAAUCAACAGCGUCGUCAUGUACACGGAUUGCUCCUGUGGAAUCGAUACGGAGCUACUGUUGCCGGAGGGUGGAAUGGCUACGGAAGGGGCCUGUGGAAUGGCAGAUUGUCAGAAAUAUUGGAUUAUUUUUCAGGUGCUAACCGUAGUAGUCGCGAUUCUUUUGGGAUCGACUUUAAUAGGUAAAUUGAUAAUUUCGAUUCGAGCGGUUCUACCUCAGGAUAAAGCUCUGGGGCUUUCGGUAGAACUGACGUUGGUAGGAUUAAUCGCAUAUCUACCGGGAACGGCUGCCUAUCAAGCAAUUGCUAUCAGCGCCUGCCAGUUGUGGGCUUCCGAUCAACGAAAAUGUUUUAUUCACGAGACACCUUUUUUUGGAACCACUCUCAACAUUCUAACAGCAGCCUUGAUUGCAAUCGGUGUCAUUUUCGAUAUACUAGUAUUUUAUUUUGUUCGAGAUCUACUUUUGUACGGCGAUGAUCCAGAAGAUGCAUAUAGACCAAUCGAAAUGAGACUCAUCACACAACAAGCACGCAUGAGUUCCCGGCAAACUACCUCACCGGACAAUGAAAUUCAACCGUUCUCCGUUCAUCAGGAGGAGCAAGAACGGCUGCAGCAGCAACGUGACUUAGAUCCGUCUGUCCAAUCCAACAGUCUACUGCAAGCGUCGACUAUUGUUGCUCAAGAUGUACCGCUGAUUCAGUCGAUUCAACGCACCCAGGACGGCUAUCCUCUUACAGCGCGGUCGAUUUCACCGAUUGCGGGGCCAUCAUCAGCUACGUACGCUCAGGUCAUUCGACAAUUGCCAACCCGAGAGUCAUCAAGUGAUUUGGAUGAGCGACUGGAUUUUCGAUCGGCCAGCAGCUUACCACCAGAUAGGACGGAUGCUACCAAUGGUGACGAUGACGAUGACUCCGACCACGAAGAUAAUAGGGUAGGCAAAGCGAACGGACCGUUGUCGCCUUUGAGGGAUGACACGGGAAUGAAUCCCGCGUCUUUUGUAGCGGAUGCAGGGGCCACGAGGGAUUUAGGCUCUGUGCAGUCUAGCUUGGUUAGCAGCCCCGGUGGUAUAGGAUACACGAGGACGAAGAGUCGAGAUGGGCGACCCAUGAGUCCCGAAACGGAUUUUUGAACUUCGAACAAAACGAAAAAAGCUAAUGUAGUAUUAAUAAUGUAAGACGAACGCUGCAUUUAUUAGCGUUAAUCGUAAUGUUGAUUAGAGGAUAUGCGUUAAGAGUAUUUCAUAAAAAUGAUUUAUUCCUUGAUUUAUAAUUCGUCCAAUGAAUAAAAAUAAUU